AUGACUACUGUUGAAAAAAUAAAGGCUAUCGAAGAUGAGAUGGCCAAAACCCAAAAGAACAAGGCUACGUCCUUCCACUUGGGCCAACUUAAAGCCAAAUUAGCAAAACUCAGGAGAGAGCUUUUGACGGAUGGAAGCUCGGGAGGAGGAGGUGGUGGUGUUGGUUUUGAUGUGGCUAGAACAGGGGUAGCAACUAUUGGGUUUGUUGGUUUCCCGUCUGUGGGUAAGUCAACCUUAUUAUCGAAAUUGACAGGAACUCACUCCGAAGCGGCUGCAUACGAGUUCACCACAUUGACAACUGUGCCGGGAACUAUAAAGUACAAAGGUGCAAAGAUACAAAUGUUGGACUUGCCAGGUAUUAUUGAAGGUGCGAAGGACGGUAAAGGUAGAGGUAAACAGGUUAUUGCAGUUGCGAGGUCAGUAAAUCUUUUGUUCUUGGUGUUGGAUGUAAACAAGCCCUUGCAGCAUAAGAGGAUCAUUGAGCACGAACUAGAGGGUAUGGGCAUCAGAAUCAAUAAGGAGCCACCAAACAUUGUGAUAACAAAGAAGGACAAGGGAGGUAUAAACAUCACAAACACUGUCCCAUUGACACAUUUGGACAAUGACGAGAUCAGAGCAGUUAUGUCAGAGUAUAAAAUUAACAGUGCCAAUAUCGCUUUCAGAUGCGACGCAACAGUUGAUGACUUGAUUGAUGCUAUAGAGUACAAAGCCAGGAAGUAUAUCCCAGCAAUAUAUGUUUUGAACAAAAUCGAUUCAUUUUCGAUCGAGGAGUUGAAUUUGUUGACAAAGAUCCCAAAUGCAGUCCCUAUAUCUUCAGGUAAUGGGUGGAAUUUGGAUGAUCUUUUGGAGAUCAUGUGGACCAAGCUAAAAUUGGUAAGAGUGUACACAAAGCCUAAAGGAAAGUUGCCAGAUUUUAAUGAGCCAGUUGUUUUGAGAAGUGAUAGAUGUACUGUUGAGGACUUCUGUAACUCCAUUCACAAGUCUUUGGUUGAGGAUUUCAGAAAUGCUUUGGUGUACGGAACAUCGGUUAAGCAUCAACCACAAAUAGUUGGACUCAGUCACGUGCUAGAAGAUGAAGAUGUCAUCACAAUUUUGAAAAAGUGA